AUGCCCAGUGUGGGUGCAUUGGCCUGGGCCCUGGGAGCACCCAGUUUGAGUGAUGAAGAGGUGGCUGACAGUGCCAAAACAUUUCUCCUGGACCUUGCCAGGGGAAUGAAAGACUCCAUCUGGGGAAUUUGUACCAUCUCAAAACUAGAUGCUCGAAUUCAGCGAAAGAGAGAGCAGCAUCGAAGAAGGGCAAGUAGUGUCCUAGUGCAGAGGAGAGCCCAGAGGAUAGAGAGGAAGCAAGAGAGUGAGCCAGAUUUUGUUAGUAGAGUUUUCCAGUGCUGUGCUUGGAAUGGUGGAGUAUUCUGGUUCAGUCUCCUCUUGUUUUAUGGAUUGUUUAUUCCUGUGCUUCAGUCAGUAACUGCCUAAAUUAUUGGUGAUCUGUCACUACAUGGAGAGGUUUGGUUGUGGCUAGAAUUCUUCCUCACAUCAGUUUUCAUUGCUCUUUGGGUGCUCUCCCUGUUUGUGCUUAGCAAAGUUGUGAGUGACAUUUGGUUUCAAUAUAUUGCUGAUCUGGCAUUCGAGGUAUCAGGGAGGAAGCCUCACCCAUUGCCUAGUGUCAGCAAAAUCAUUGCUGACAUGUUCUUCAGCCUUCUGCUGCAGGCUCUUCCUCGUCUGGGGAUGUUUGUGAAUCUCUUUUCCAUCCAUCUUGUUGGUCCGCUGGUGAGUCUCCUGCAUAUGUCCCUUCUCUACUCACUAUACUGCUUUGAAUAUCGUUGGUUUAAUAAAGGAAUUGAAAUGCACCAAUGGUUGACAGAGAGGAAUUGGCCUUACUACUUCGGAUUUGGUUUGCCUUUGGCUCUCCUCACAGCAAUGCAGUCCUCAUACAUUAUCAGUGGUUGCCUCCUCUCUAUCCUCUUUUCUUUAUUCAUUAUUAGCGCCAAUGAAGCAAAGACCCCUGGCAAAGCAUCCCUUUUCCAGUUGCUCCUCUUCCUUGUGGUCUUCUUAAGCAACAGACUCUUCCACAAGACAAUCUACCUACAGUCAGCCCCAAGUAGCUCAACCUCUGCAGAGAAGUUCCCUUCACUGAACCUGUCUCCUGCCAAACUGAAGGCUGCUGCAGGCCACUGA